AGCCCUAGGACGGCGCACUCGCAACCUACUUUCCACCCGAGCGGAAGCAGCGGGGCCGGCCAGGCCGGGGAUGGACCCGGGAACCCGGGCCCCGACCGACCGGGCCCGCGGGCGGGGGGAACGGCGGGGGGUCCCCACCGCGAGGGCAGCCACCAUGCAGUUCCACAAGGAGGAGUUUCGGAAGCUAGCGGGUCGCGCCCUCGGGCGGCUGCACCGGCUCCUGGAGAAGCGGCAGGAAGGCGCGGAGACGCUGGAGCUGAGUGCCGACGGCCGCCCGGUCGCGACGCAGACGCGGGACCCGCCGGUGGUGGACUGCACCUGCUUCGGCCUCCCGCGCCGCUACAUCAUCGCCAUCAUGAGCGGCCUGGGCUUCUGCAUCAGCUUUGGCAUCCGCUGCAACCUGGGCGUGGCCAUCGUCUCCAUGGUCAACAACAGCACGACCCAUCGCAACGGCCACCUGGUGGUGCAGAAAGCUCAGUUCAACUGGGAUCCAGAGACUGUUGGCCUCAUACACGGCUCCUUUUUCUGGGGCUACAUUGUCACCCAGAUUCCCGGGGGAUUUAUCUGCCAAAAAUUCGCAGCCAACAGGGUUUUCGGCUUUGCUAUUGUGGCUACAUCCACUCUGAACAUGCUGAUCCCCUCGGCUGCCCGCGUCCACUAUGGCUGUGUCAUCUUCGUGAGGAUCCUGCAGGGGUUGGUGGAGGGGGUCACUUACCCCGCCUGCCACGGGAUCUGGAGCAAAUGGGCCCCUCCCUUAGAGCGGAGCCGCCUGGCCACCACAGCCUUUUGCGGUUCCUACGCCGGGGCGGUGGUGGCCAUGCCUCUCGCCGGGGUCCUGGUGCAGUACUCAGGCUGGAGCUCUGUGUUCUACGUCUACGGCAGCUUCGGGAUCUUCUGGUACCUGUUCUGGCUGCUCGUCUCUUAUGAGUCCCCGGCGCUGCACCCCAGCAUUUCAGAAGAGGAGCGCAAGUACAUCGAAGAAGCCAUCGGCGAGAGCGCCAAACUCAUGAACCCCCUCACGAAGUUUAAAGCACCCUGGCGGCGCUUCUUCACCUCCAUGCCCGUCUACGCCAUCAUCGUGGCCAACUUCUGCCGCAGCUGGACGUUCUACCUGCUCCUCAUCUCCCAGCCCGCCUAUUUCGAAGAAGUGUUCGGCUUCGAGAUCAGCAAGGUGGGCCUGGUGUCGGCGUUGCCCCACCUGGUCAUGACCAUCAUCGUGCCCAUCGGUGGCCAGAUCGCCGACUUCCUGAGGACCCGCCGUAUCAUGUCCACCACCAACGUGCGCAAACUGAUGAACUGCGGGG